UGGAUGCUCGGUGCUCACGACGUUUCAGCCGCAGAGAUGUGACCGUGGGCGGGCGUGACAGGCAGCCUUAACCGGGGGGGUUACUGAUUAAUCCAGGUCCGGGGCGACAAGCCUACAUAUAAGACGCGCAUGCCGGCUGCGGAUGACAAGCUCUCCAUUCAGCGCUUCAGCCGGAGCACCGCGGUGUGUCUGAGGUGAAGUCGGGACGAGUCGCCCUGAUCACACACAGGCAUUUCUGAGGGGUUUGUAAUAGUAGCCUGGCUCCACAGACCUUUAAAUACAUCUCAGAAAGUCGCCGAGCACCACGUGGUGUAAAGUGAGCCACAGGCCAGGCUGACUGGACAGAGCUGCUGGGGGACCUUUCAGACUUUCAGAGAAGACUUGGCCAGAAUCAAGGCAAGAAAAAAAAAUCUCCCUCAGACUGAGAAACGUGUGCAGAUCAUCGCUCGCCGGGUGAGACCUCAGCUCUGCCUGCGGUGAGGAGAAACCGUCUGUUCGGACUUUGCUUCUAUUGACUGCCUCGGCUGAAAUGCAUCUUUCUCUCGUUCGUUUGUCUUAAACGACACGACUGUAGUGAAUGGGGAACAUAAUUUGUAUGCUGCCCAAGUUCAGGCAGGAUCUUAAGCAAGCCCGGAGAGGGGUAAUGCACCUGCCUCUUUUGCUCAACCUGUAGUUACGAAGAGUGCCAGGACAGGAGCUGAGGGGCCAGGAGCCGCCUCUAUGGGAUAGAGCAACCGCGCAGAUCAGUCGAAAUCACUCUGGUCAGAAGGAAAGCUGUGAAAGCGCCGUCCAGUCUGUUUCUUCUUUCCGUUUCUUUAUUCUAAACUUUAAACUUCAAGGCUUCCGCAUGGUACUCUGGUCGAAAGAGCAAGACAAACUGUCCACCGACAUGUCCACCGGGACAGAAAUAAUAGAGAUGAAGAAGGAGGGAGCGCCGCCAGCCUACCACCAGUCCAACGGGUCAGUCCAUCCGGUCAUACUGCCCACCGACCCAGAGGAGAGGCAGCCCAACGCCGGAGAGUACGAGCUCACAGAGGUGACCUCCUUCUCGGACCGGCCCGAGCAGGAAAGUGACCGGACCGAAAUGGUGGUUAUUGACUGUCGGGCCAAUGCCAAGGGGCAGAGGGAAGAGGACGCUCUCCUGGAGAACGCCAGCCAAAGCAACGAAAGUGACGACACAAGUACGGACCAAAGCCCGGUGCCACCGGUUCCACUGAAGGAGACGUCCUUCUCCAUCGGACUCCAGGUCGUGUUCCCUUUCCUGCUGGCGGGUUUUGGAACAGUGGCCGCUGGCAUGGUCCUCGACAUAGUUCAACAUUGGAAGGUGUUCUCCGAGGUAAAUGAGGUUUUCAUCCUGGUGCCUGCUCUUCUGGGCCUCAAGGGGAACCUGGAGAUGACGUUGGCCUCUAGACUUUCUACUGCAGCUAAUAUUGGACAGAUGGACACCGCCAAGGAGAUGUGGAAAAUGAUCAUGGGAAACCUUGCGCUAAUUCAGGUUCAGGCCACCGUGGUCGGCUUCCUGGCCUCCAUCGCUGCAGUAAUUUUUGGCUGGAUCCCAGAGGGCCAUUUCAAGAUGGGCCAUGCAGUUCUACUCUGUGCCAGCAGUGUAGCUACAGCCUUCAUAGCCUCCUUGCUCCUAGGGCUUAUCAUGAUUGGAGUGAUUGUGGCUUCCAGAAAGGUUGGCAUUAACCCAGACAACGUGGCCACCCCCAUUGCUGCCAGCCUUGGAGACCUGAUUACCCUGGCCUUGCUGGCUGGCAUAAGCACAGGACUCUACCAGGAGCUGGAUUCUAACGAUUAUGCCAAUCCGCUGGUGUGUGUCUUUUUCAUCGCCCUGACACCCGUCUGGAUCCUGAUUGCCAGACGAAUCCCAUCCACCCGAGAAGUGCUCUACUCGGGGUGGGAGCCUGUCAUCAUCGCCAUGGCGAUCAGCAGUGUUGGGGGACUCAUCCUGGAUAAGACUGUGACCGAUCCCAACUUCGCUGGAAUGGCUGUGUUCACGCCAGUUAUUAACGGCGUGGCCGGCAACCUGGUGGCAGUGCAAGCCAGUCGGAUCUCCACCUACCUGCACAUGAACGGCCUACCCAUCUCAGAGCCCAACCCUGCCCCACAAAAAUGCCCCACACCUUGCAGCACAUUCUUUGGCUCAGGAGUGAAUUCUCGCUCGGCCCGAGUGCUCUUCCUCCUGGUGGCUCCUGGCCACCUGGUCUUCCUGUACACCAUUAAUUCUAUGAGGGCUGGACACACCACUCUCACCUAUGUCUUCAUUGCUUUCUACUUGGCUGCUGCAUUACUCCAGGUGAUGAUCCUGCUGUACCUGGCUGACUGGAUGGUCCAGUGGAUGUGGAAGCGAGGGAUGGACCCUGACAAUUUCUCCAUCCCCUACCUGACCGCCCUGGGUGACCUGCUGGGGACCGGCUUCCUGGCUCUGUGCUUCCAUAUCCUGUGGCUUAUCGGAGACCGAGAUACAGACGUGGGCGAUUGAAACUCUAUCCAAUCAGCUGCGGACUUCGUGCCUCCUCUCUCCAACCAAGACGAGUCUUUUUAUUUAUAAUACCAUGUAGAGUAAUGAUACCUACAUUAUAACGGCUACAAUAGCCACUAUGAUUAUAAUGAUGACUUAUAAUACUAUUGCUAUAGUAUUGGUAUGUAAUGAUUAUUACAUUAUUGCUUAUCUUCUCGUGGGAGAACAGGAAUCCUCAUUUAUUUUUCAAUGGGGAUGUUCAGCCCCCUUAUAUGGUCAGUCAUGUUGGCAGCAAUGGGAAAAAAAAAACGGAAAAAAAAAUGUUUGACUUGAAAUUUUCACAAGCAGCAAAAAAAAGCCGAUACAGAAUGCUCAAUCACCAAGUGCUCUAGUGAUGUAAAUGAAAAAAGCUCUGUAUUCGAGGGCAGGGGGGGAAGUUCUGGCCGACGUGGCUCAGCUCUUCUCGGCUGGAAGCGAUUUAAUGGAAUUUUUCGGACCACAGCAAAAGUGACCUGAGUAGAUAUAGAUAACCUCUCUUGUGCCAGACGUUUAUAGGUCCAUAUUCAUGACUUUAAAAACUAGAGAAACUGCAAUUUUUCAAAAUCUCUUGGCAAAGCGGUGCAGGUUAGCGACGAGCAAACCAAAACAAGGCAAGGAAAGUCCACACAGGUCAUAUCGGUUUUAAGUCUUAAUGCUGGACCUGAAUGCAGAUGUUUUACAGCAUGACAUGAAAGAAUGAUGCAGUAACGGUCAUGCCCACGAUUCUCACAGCAGAGCCUUCAGGUCAGGUCCUGAGUAUCUUCUCUACGAAUAGAGAUGGCAGACAGGAACAUGCUGUUUCAUUGUUUAUCAGUCAAAUCCGUUAAGAUCUCAGUAUGUGCAAUGGGAUUCUUUAGUUGUUUACUUUGAUGGCGAAACACUUAAAAUCUAAAAUAUCAAAAUGUCUGGAUUACGUUUGUAGUGUUCAGUUGCGUUUACAACAGUUUCACUUAAUCUGAUGUUGUCGAGGUCAUGAAGAUUGUAAUGUGCUGUUGGGCCGCUGUUGCGACGUUAGCAGCUGUAGAUCUCCUCCACGGACUGCACAGUUGGGUCUAAAUGAUGGGCUCCUGUACUGUAUGAGUAGUGAAACAAGUACACUAAUUAUGGUCGUCAGCUGGACCUUGUUUUUGAGGCAGGCGAAGCAGAUGAGUGGGUUGAGUUUGGCUCAUACAUAGGCCGCUAUUUUAUCACGUAUGUUACUGUGCGGGUUUCCGAGCAUGUAUAUCAGAACACUUCGCUUCAUGAGACACUCUUUGCAACAAUAAUGAAGUUCCAAGUAAUCGUGCUACGGAGCUUUUAAUGUCGAAAGGGCUAUUUUUGUAAAUGCUGCACCGUUGCAUGGAAUGUGCAUUCUAAAAAAGAAACGCUGCCCAUGAUGGUGGUAGCACUUUACUCUGGGAUGCUGUUCAUAAGGCUACAUGACACCUACAUAAGCAUGUCAUGACAACUGACAUAACCCAACAAAUACUUAUGACGCCAAUAGGCGUCAUUCGCUGUGAAGGUUACGUUUGCCCAUUUAAGUUGGGCAAAGUAGCCUUCAUGACAGGAAGAUGCCUGUUGGAAUAAGCAUUUAUAAACAGUUAUGUAGGGUUAUGUCGGUGUCGUAGUCUUAUGAGCAGCACCCUGCAGUCAAGCGUUACCAGAAUGGCUUUCUCAGAGCUGCUAUAGUGGAUAGGCCCAAAUCUGAUUUGGUGUCACGAAUGACUGGAAUUGACGCUUGUUCUUCAGUGCUCUUUAGCAGAUGUUUUACAAGGAUAAAAAAAAAAAUAAAUAAAUAAAUAAAAAUGGCACAACAACGUGAGCUAACGGAAUGGCUUGCUUAAACAGAAAAGAAAAGAAAAAAAAACUGCUUGUUUAAAAAGAAAAAAAAAGUAAUUCUUACCUCGGUACUAGGCUUUAGGAAAGUAAACCCUUUAACUCGUUUUAAUCACUGGUAUAUACAUGUAAAUGCACACAGUCUGAGUCAAAUAUGACUCCCGCGAGGCUCGGUGUCCUCGUUGUCCUGCCUUAGGCUGCUGUAGCAGAAAGUCCGUCUUUUAUGUUCGACAAUGGGGCCAGCGAAAUGAAUUGUGCAGGGCACAUAACAUUUAAAAAAAAAUUGACAUAAAAUUCCCUUUUUUUUUCCUUCGCUUUCUUCCUUUUUUUUCCCCUCCUAUUAGCCGAGCUUGGGAUACUGUAGAUGUUGGAUCUUUUUCUUUGUUUCGUCUCCGGCGUUUGACUCGUCUCCUACAUUCUACCACAACGUCCGAACAGUCCACUGUGCAAAGCGUACUGUAAUACCAAUCGCCACAAGGGGUCGCUCUUCUGAAAAGAGCUCCCAGUGUACUAACUGCAAUGCACAUGUAUACAAUAUGCCACUAUGAUGCAUUCAACCAUCCUGAACUUGUCUUACUGUGCAAACCUGUGCAGCUUGUUUCUUAAAGUGCAAGUUGUGCCGCCAUCGUCCCGUUACAGCCCUUCGGUUGUGAAUACUUCUUCAGGGGAUGGGAUAUUCUGUUUAUUUAUUUCUAGAGAUGCAUACAAAGCAAAUUGUAUAUAAUAUAUUUAUUCUAUAAAUAUGCUGAAGUUGUUUAUUUUUCAUUUUAUUCAGUGUCUCAGUUUCACAUUGCUUUUUUUUUUGCCUUGGUCCAGUAGAGGUAUUUACUGUAAUUUUGUUUUUUUUAAUUAACACAUCAGAUGUUGGUGCCUAAUACCCUACAGAAACCUCACACUCGAGCUGGUUCAGCAGUACACUGAACAUAGUAUGCCUUAACAACAGCACGGCUGAACACCAAGUAGCUGGUUUGUUUUUUUUUUUGUUUUGUUUUUGUUUUUUGUUUUUUUUUUCCUAUCUUGCUUUUUUUUAUUCAGCAAGUUGUUUUUAAUAUAUUGAUUCGAUUUACAUCAGAUAAGGAAAAACGCAAAACUGAGCUGUUUUGCUGUCAGCAGAGGAAGAAUCACUGGUGCCUGAUCGCGGGUAGAAGAGCAGGAGCGACAGCGAUGGUAGAUCAUAGCUAAGCAAGGCUCUGCGCUGCGUUACACCAUAAAAGUGGCAGUUCAGCAAAGAAUCAGAUCACACGGUUUAAAAUGCAUGUUAUCAGCCAAGACAUGUUUGGUGCCCGAAGGUCAUGUUGUUUUGCACUGGAGCUUCAAGGCUAAUGUAGCUAACAAGUACUGGAAGCACACACCCCCACCAGAUAACACCACCCAGGCUAGCUGCCUCAAACCGUGGUGAAGAGGCCAUAAUCCCAUAACCCCAUUUCCACUGAUUUUAUAAAGCGGCGUUUGAGGUUUUAUGUCAACGUACCGUUCACUCCUCAUGGAGUGUGUGUACAGAAACUAAGCUACACAAACUGCAGCUUAGCCCCGCCCAUAAUUGCUUAGAAUGCCCUGCUCUGUAAUACUAAAAUAUACCAGCCUUGCUUGAAAUGAUACUCUGCUGUAGGCGCGGACAACGUGGCUUCGUACCGAAGUACGAAGACACGUCACAGUAUGCAAAUCGGUCACAACGUUACCGCCCCCUAGUGACGCCCUACUCACACUGCACUCAUAAAUAAGUAAACAUAGGAGCCGAGACUGAGGAGAGAACCAGACUCGCACGCUGAGCUAAAUACCCCUGGUACCACCUCUCGAGGCUGUGAUGUGCCAGCUGUCUGUACCAACUGUAAAUAACCCAGUUAGUCUGAGCUUAGCUUGUAAUAAAGAUGUUGGACUGCUGCUGGUGUUGCAUCCGAUUCAUGUUUCCUUUCACAACUCAGACCCUCAGGCGCGACUCGCUGAACAGAAAUCAACAGCAAGCAGCACUGGAGCUACGGAAAGUGAACCGGUUCAGGGAUGGUUAACAAAUGGACGGUGUAACGUUAAAUGGACUGUCAACUUUUCGUCCGUACAGCCUUUCUCAAUUUUUGCGUUGUUCCAGUUGUGCUUGCCGUCGAUUCCUGUUCAGUAAAAACAGCACCCGAGGUUUGAUUCGUGAAGGGAAACGUGAAUUUGAGGCGGAACUGACUCAGAUGUUACACCAGUGAGUGCCAUGAACAGCUUGCAGAGCAUAAGGAUUUAGGGCCACUUCAGCAAACCCUGGCUGACCGGUGAUGAUGUCAAACUGAAUGAAACUUUAAAGAAAUCCCCCGUUCGGAAUUCAGAGCAUCUAAGAAAUCAGGAUGCGGGUUUGGGAAUGCAAACCUGCUGAACAGAUCAUUAGAAGCGAGCUGUCGUGGUUUAGGGAAUGUUCUACCAUUCGGCCCCUCUGCCGCUUGCUGUUGAUCAUUUUCUGGGGCUCUUUGCUGGCUUGAGUCAGUGGCUCAUACUGUUAAGGCUCAAGACGGCCUGCCUGAUCAGAAACACCCUCCCUCGUUGAAGACGGGGAUGGUAAUGGAGAAAAAGCAUCAACCUCUCAGCUCAAAAGUGCCGUUUGAUUCCGUCUCGCUCCAUAUUUUCUGGUAGCUAACGUACGCAGCUCAAAAAACCCCGGUUUCUCUCGCAGCUCCACCUCCAAACCAUAGAUCAUUGCAGUGCCCCUCCCAUUUUUGAGCAUUUUUCAAAGUUGAGUUGGGGGUGGGGUCAGCUGAACAUGGUGGGGUGUAGUUACUCUUUAAGUAGGCCUACUGAUCUGGUUUUAUGACGUACCGUUAUGUAUAACAGAAGUAUGUUGCGUAGCUAAAAACAUAGAAACUAUCCAAAUUAAUAAAAGCAAAUUUCAGGCCUCACAAUGGGCACUUCUGCACCAAGCAUGUUCGACUACAGGGGAAAACUGUUGAUUUUUUUUUUUUUUUUUUUUUUUUUUUUUUUGCCGAACUAUCACACACACUUCUUCCAAGACGUCCUUUCUUCUAGGUAGGACUCAAAAACACAAAUCCUAAUAGGCCAGGAGUUCAGGCUCUCACCAUGUCUGGAAUCUCUCACUGUGCUUAACAAGGGCUCCUGUUCUGGUUGUGUGAUGUACGCCUCUCACUGAGGCCUGACUGACAUGUAUAAAUGAGUAGUCUUUUCCUGUCUUACUGCUUCCUUCUACCCUUCACCUGCUCCACUCUGCUGCUCAAGAGGGGACUCAACAGAGGUACUUGUAAAAUCGCUGGAAAUAAAGGAAUAUAUUAUUUCGUA